GUUUAUCGUGAAAGAUGCAGACAGUUUUCCAAAGUUACAGCGAUGCUGAAAAGUUUAUAGAAACAUAUGAGAAAGAGAACGCACAGAGCUACACAAAAUGGCACAUGAGGAACCAUGGAAUAGACAAGUUGUCAUCAAUGGAGGGCCACCGUAUAUGGUGGGAAGACAGGAGAGGGGCAGUGCCCAUAGAUUUUGAUGGUGUCCCCUUUGUAUGCGUUCAAUCCGAAGUCAGGCAGUGCCAUCAAGGCAAAGACAAAAGGAAAAGGAAAGAAGAGAUAGUUGGAGAUCAUGUGUAUGGAAGCAGCCGACGGAGGAUACAAGCAACAAAGAAGAUGAACUGCCAGGCUUCGAUAAGAAUGAAAAUGGUUGUUAGAUUUCCAGAGUAUAAGAUUGAUGGGCAUGCUUCACAGUGGAAGAAAAGAAUAGUGUCAAAUAAGCUGAGAGAAGAGUUUAGUGCCAGUACACAGCAGGAUUUUCGGGUUUAUUUAAAGAUCCAGGAUAAUCAUGAAGGUCACAUGGUUGGAGAGGACAAUGAAAUAACAUCUGGUUUUCAAUGGUAUUCCCAUAUUCAUAGUCCUUUUUAG